AUGCGAUCUUUGUUGUCUAAUAGAACAAACACUAAUACCUUAAUUGAGUCGGUCAAGAUCAAAUCUGUUUAUCAAAGUGCUUCUCCGAUUGCUCAAGACAUCUCUUUUCAACUGAGAAAGAAAACAAGAUCAUUCCAUUCCAUUUUUAGUAGAAUAGUUAAGGAUAUUCCAUUAGUAAUGAAAAAAGGGGUUGAGGGGAUCCGUAUAUGUUGUUCAGGUCGAUCAGAAGGCGCAGAAAUAGCUAGAACUGAAUGCGGAAAGUAUGGAAAAACAUCUUGUAAUGUAUUUAACCAGAAAAUAGAUUAUGCUUCUGCGGAAGUAUCUACUCGUUACGGAAUCUCAGGUGUCAAAGUGUGGAUUUCAUAUAGUAAAAGAAAAAAGGGACGUGCUAUAUCUGAAACGUACGAAAUUUAG